ACCCUUUUUUUCAAGCUCUUUCUUGUAUCUUUGUUUGACUCAAAUACACAUAAAAAUUGACGCAUAUGGAAGACUACUACGCACACGCUCAAAGAUCAUCCACCGCUCUGCGCAUACACAUGGAGGCAUCGUCAGCGGCCGCGAUGGCAGGAUACGGCAGCACUGACUACACACACAGCAACGUGCUACAAGCCAAUGACGGAUGUGUAGAUGACAGCAACGAGGGCCCAGGGGAAAUGGAGGUUACAAACGACCUCAACCCUGUUGGUGCAUACUUUGAAACAACCACAAUACGGCGGCUACUUCUCGAGCACGUCUCCCUGGUGCUGGCACCCGGGCAAAUCCACACGCCCGACGUGCAGCUCAACCUGGUGACACCGCUCUGGCAGUCUGCUCGCCAGAGAUGUGGUGUGUGGAGACGCAGCUCCAUGCGACACCGAGGCAAGGUGAGCGAUCACACGAGCGAAAAGGAUACUGAGCCAAAUGGCGGGCCACUUGCCAGCGCUGCAAUGUUAUACGCAGCACUGGCCAACCGCGACUACUUUCUUAUAUUGGCCGGUGCUGGACAGUCGCAAGCUGACUUGCACGAGAGCCGCGCAGAAGUGGCAGAGGCGCUGGCUAUCCUGUGCGCCAAGGCACUACACAAGCUGGGCGGUAACUCGCUUGCAAACGCACUGUGCGCAAAGUUCACACCCCUGGAUGUGGACGAGCUGAAGGCCAGCGGUUGCCAGAACCUGGUGCGCGGCGAAAAACACAUGUCGCUUUUGUCACCAGAGCAGCGCGUGCGCGUUUACAGGCUCGGAAAAGCUGGCAGCGUAGCGGCUGGGUCGGAGUCGCCAAUUGCCAAGGUUGGGGACGACGCCGCCAGGGAGUACCUAACCGGCAGCUCGCGCAUCUUGGCAGAGCGGGCCAUUGAGGUGGCCAUCCGCAGCGAGGCCAAAAGAUUCACAGCGAUAAAGCCCGUUGCGGAGAUUGUCCAGUUGCUGUGGGACGGCACGCUGCAUUGGAAGGGGUUCCAAUGCGUUGCCCUGUCCGCUGGCCCGCCCAACAUCAAUGUCGAAGAUAUGUCGAGCAGCCGCACUCACUCCACUGCAAACAGCGCGCUUCUAUCGCGGGGGUUUGGAUUGGACAUUGCGCCCAGCGUCUUUGAGCCCUGGCCGACAUGGGCCGUUGCUCUUGAGAAAUGGCUGGCCAAAACUCUCGAGCCGCUGCGCAUCCCGAUGGUCGAAAACACACUGACCAUGAUCCACGCGUUCUUUUUCCUGACCUUGUACACAAUUGUCUCUUUGCGACGGCAGAGUGCGCUCAACGUUGAGGAAAUCAUCUUGCACGUGUGCGCCCUCGCGUAUAUUGCCGACGAGAUCAGGCAAUGCAAGGAGAACGGUUUGGUCGUGUACUUUAAAAGCGUUUGGAACAUCCUUGACGUGACCAUUUACGUCGUGUUUGUUGCAUUUUUUUGUCUCCGGAUGCACAGCCUGUACACGGGAAACCCGGAUGACCUUGACAAGGCGUUUGAUGUGCUGGCCCUGAAUGCAUCGAUGCUCUGGCCGCGCAUGUUUGCUGUGCUUGACCAGUUUGAGUUUUGCGGCACCAUUAUCAUCCAGGUGCGCAGAAUCAUCUCGGGCACUAGCCUAUUUUUUGCGCUACUUAUUGUCAUGACCGCGGGCUUUUUUCAGACGUUUUUUGCUCUCAGCCAGCGCCACAACGAGCUUGACGCCAAAAGCAUUUGGGGUCUGAUGGCCCGCAUCUUUUUUGGUUCGGCGCUGCUCGGCUGGGAUCAGGCAGAUCUGUUUGGUCCGUAUGUCGGCCAUCUGAUGAUGAGCAUGUACAUCGGCGUGUCCAUGCUCAUCCUCUAUAACAUCCUCAUUGGUGUUAUCAACCAGUGCAUGGUCGAGAUUACACAGAAUUCCGCGCAAGAGUUCCGAUUUGCGUAUACGAUGCGCGUUGUCGAGUAUGUCAGUGCCAAGCAGACGUACCCAUGCGUGCCGCCACUGAAUGUCCUUCAGGUCGUGGUCUUCUGGCCACUGCGCAAAACCACUACCCUGUCACAUCGGCCCUUUGCACUGUUCCGCAGCAUGAUCCUGAUCACAGCGUAUGCCCCUCACUUGGUGCUCUACAAGGCCUACAAGGUCAUCGGCCGGUGGUGGCGCGCCAAAUCCGGUAUGCAUCACAAGGCUUUGCGAGCCGAAUGUCAUUUGGCCGAGAAGGAAUUGGCCUGGAUUAAGAUCGACAAGGACGAAAUCGAUGAGUUUGCAUUUUCUGGCUCGACUGAGAGCACGUCCAGCGGCGAUGACGACGACAGCCAUCCUAUGAAUAAUAGCCCGGGUGGACAGCCGCUGAAUAUGCGGAACAUGUCGUCGGUGAUCACAAUGCAGAACGAUACUACAGAGCAGAUGCGCCGCGCGACUCGGGCCAAUUUGUGGACGUCUUUGAUGCAAGUGUGGAAGCAGAAGCGCCGCCAGUCGUCGUCAUCCCAGCAUGCCGGAUGGGCGUCGACUGUUCAACCCGAUAAUUCGGUGGGUGGUUGUGAUUUGCACACGCAAACAUACGAAAGGAUUGCCCUGAUGGAGGCGCGCAUGACCAGUGUCGAUAAGAAGCUCAAUAACAUCACUCGACUGCUGCAGACAGUAAUCAACGAUGUGUAGGACUAGUUAAAAAUUAAAUAAAUUGAAAUGUUGUAGCACAUGCCAACGACGGUGAUUCUGAAUCAAUGGACCCGAUAAAAUGAUCAAUCGAUAAAUUAAC